AUGUUCCGCUCGAUACGGCGUUUGCCUCGACGCGUCCCCGUUGUGUCUACUGUUUCUUCACGUUCAUUGCGGCCUUUCGCAAGCGGUUAUACUCGGAUGACGCCUGUGCAACCUCCCAUAUCCACCACCCUCCCCUCAGACGCAUACCAGCUCCUGUCCACACAAGAGAAAGCUGGUGCAGCUGAAGAUGCGCUUUACGACCAGCAGAUUCGUGAUGUGGAAUCAUGGUGGAAUUCGCCUCGCUACGAAGGGAUCAAGCGCCCUUAUACGGCGGCAGACGUUGUGAGCAAGCGCGGAUCCUUGCAACAAACAUAUCCCAGUUCUUUGAUGGCGCGGAAGCUUUUUAAUCUCCUUAAUGAGCGAGCAGCUGCUGGUCAGCCCGUUCAUACCAUGGGGGCUAUCGACCCCGUCCAAAUGACGCAGCAAGCCCAUAACCAGGAGGUUCUGUAUAUCUCGGGCUGGGCCUGCUCUUCACUUUUGACAAGUACCAAUGAAGUAUCCCCCGAUUUCGGCGAUUAUCCCUACAAUACCGUCCCGAACCAGGUCCAGCGUCUGUUCAAGGCCCAGUCCAUGCACGAUCGGAAACAGUGGGACACCAGGCGAAAGAUGACCCCGGAUGAGCGAAAGGCUACACCUUACACUGAUUAUAUGCGACCGAUCGUUGCGGAUGGUGAUACCGGCCAUGGCGGUUUAUCGGCUGUUCUCAAACUCGCCAAGCUAUUUGCAGAGAAUGGUGCGGCGGCCGUUCACUUCGAGGACCAAUUGCACGGCGGAAAGAAGUGCGGCCAUCUUGCAGGCAAAGUCCUCGUCCCAAUGGGUGAACACAUCAACCGACUGGUCGCAGCUCGAUUCCAGUGGGACAUGAUGGGAUGUGAGAACCUGGUCAUUGCCCGAACAGAUUCUGAGAGCGGCCGACUCAUCAGCAGCGCAAUCGAUGUGCGCGAUCACGAAUUCAUCCUUGGUAUCACGGAAGAUGUGGAACCUCUGGCCGAGACCCUCCAAGCUAUGGAACGAGAGGGCGCCUCACCCGAAGAAAUCGACACGUUCGAGCUCGACUGGGUUAAGAGGCACAAGCUUGUUACAUUCGACGAAGCCGUCGAUGCUCAUCUUCAGUCGGAGGGUGCUUCCCAGUCUUCUAGGGAAGCGUACAAAUCUUUUGUUAAGAAGAACCCUGAUCUUUCCUUCUCUCGUCGCCGUGCGCUGGCGAACGAUUACACCAAAACACCUGUUGUCUGGUCAUGUGAUAGCCCGCGCACUCGCGAGGGAUUCUACCACUACUCUGCAGGGUUCCCUGCUGCGACCAAGCGCGCGAAGGAGUUUGCUCCUUACGCAGACCUUCUCUGGGUCGAAACUGGUGACCCAGAUGUCGAGAAGGCCGGAACGCUAGCGGGCGAAGUGCGGGCGGCGUACCCAGGCAAGAAGCUUGUUUACAACCUCAGCCCUUCGUUCAACUGGAUGGGGCAAGGAUUUGACGAGGCUUCCCUCAAGUCCUUUAUCUGGGAUAUUGCCAAGCAAGGAUUUGUCCUGCAGCUCAUUUCACUGGCUGGGCUGCACACUAACGCCACCAUCACAACCGAACUUUCCCGUGCAUUCAAGGAUGAGGGUAUGUUGGCUUAUGUCCGUCUUGUCCAGUCCCGUGAAAAGGAGCUCGGUGUCGAUGUUCUCACCCAUCAGAAGUGGAGUGGCGCGCCUUACAUGGAUGGAAUCAUGGGCGCUAUCCAGAGUGGAAGUAGCAGUAGCAAGAGCAUGGGUGAGGGUAACACAGAAAAAGGUUUCUAA